AUGAACUCCUCCCAUAGUUUAGUAGUGAAUGUCGUAAAGCUUGGUAGUACAAAUACCACUAAAGCUCGUUUAUUGCUCGUGAAUGAAGAGGGACUCUUAUUUCUUUCACCUUUACCUUUGGGUAAUGAAACUCGGAAUGAUAUAAAUAAGGAGAGUUCUCAGGCUUUGUUAAAUUGUGUAGUGAAACGGUUUAUUCCACUCUUCGCAGUAGACACCAUUACUACCUAUGCUCAUGGUACGGUAUUAUACAUGAGAGUCAAACGAGAACAUGAUGUUCUCUUAUGGAAAAACAUCACUGUUCAUACUCAUACAAACACGACUAAUACAGAUACUAUGAAGAAUCAUUGUAAAGAUGAGACACAGACAUUAAUAACAGAUAUUGUAGAUCAUAUCAUUACAUUACGUACAACUCUCAGUAUGUCUCCACUUCUAAUCUCUCACUGUGAUGAGAUGGAUAGACCUUUACAUCCACAAUUAUCAAAGAAAAACAUAAUACAGUUAUUUCCUCUUUUUCAGGGUUACACCACUAUACAAUCACGUCUAGAAAUUAGACAACGUACAUUAAGAGAGUAUGGAUCAAUAACAACCAUUAGCGAAAAAGAACAAGAAGAAAAAGGAAAAGGAGGAGGAUUAAAAUCUAGAAUGGAUUCUAUAAACUUUACUAGAGAAUCACAACAAGACCCAUCCCAGUCAUCUGUAUUAGAAAGACCUCAUCAGACUCUUGUGAAUACACCAACGGUAACUUUUUCCAGCUGGAUUAAUUCUAUUCUUCCGUUCUCUUCAUAUGUGGAUUUGUUAGGAGACUCAUGCACAUUCUCAUCACCCGUGAAGUCUAUUGUGGAAUCCUUUAAAUCGUUAUUAGGUAUUAUUCCGGUGUUUUUCAUAGUGGAAGUGGAAGUGGUAUCUGUGAAUAUAGUGAAGGUAUCUCCGUGUUCAUCUAUAGAUGUGGUUAAUAACCAUACUUGUGUAGAUAAGGAUCUUUCCAAAAGACAAUUCCUUUUACUUACCCAUCAUAAUCUUAUUAUUAUGGAAGUUAAAGAGGAAAAAGAGACGAAAGAAGAUCAAGAGAUAUUUUUUAUCAACUCUCUCUACAGUCUGGCUAGGAUGGAAUUGGAUUUUCCAAACUCCAAUAAUCGUGAGAAUAUAUUAUCUACAUCAUGUGAUGAUAACAAUAAUAAUAAUAAUAAUAAUAAUAAUAAUAAUAAUAAUAAUAAUAAUAAUAUAUUCUCUAAUGAGGUGAAAUUUAUUUUUGAAGAACGUUCGGGAAUAAAGUAUAAAAAGUUAAAUUAUCCUUCACCCGCAAUAGAUGUUACCGUAUCUAAUAAGGCUGACACCUUUCCACAUGAGGAUGAAGAUAUGGUUAAGCAAAUCACUCUUGUCGUUAAUAUUUCUCCUCAUAAUUUAUCCUUAUCACAUACAAAAAGACAUCCCCCACCGCAAGAGAGAUUAGGAGAUGUUAUUUUUAUGUUAUUAGGACGAGAUGGAAUAAGUAUUCCUGUAAUAAUGAAGUUAUCACCUCAUAUUAAAAAUAUGGAAACUUUACCAGUUGAGAGAAAUGAAUCCCACACCGUAAACUCUGAUCAAUUGAGUUUAUUAUUAGAAGAAGAUAGUUCUGUAAAUCUUAAUGAUAGCGAUAAGAAGGAUAAUGAUGGUACACUUAGUCAUCGGGAUGAUAACCAUCUUGAGAUGGAUAGCAAAACUUCUUUUACUUUGGAAUCUUCAGUGAGUUUGGAUAAUAAUAAUAAUAAUAAUAAUAAUAAUAAUAAUAAUAAUAAUAAUGAUAGUAAUAAACCAUUGGGAAAGGACUCGCAAUGUGUUCAGUCAAAUGCCACACUUUUAGCACGUCAUGUACUGCGACUCACCUCCAGACUUGUAUGGAAAAUGCAAUUAAUCGCUAUAACUGAAAGUACACUCUUUGUAUGUGAUGAAACCUCAACUUGUAUCUAUCGAUCUAUUCCACUCUCAUCUAUUAUGGGUAUAAAAUUACUGUUGCGACACCCAGAUGGAACAGCUAUGGUAUGUUGUAUUCACAAUGAACAUGAUCUUGUGUUGAGAGAUCAUCAAUCCACACCCUCGGCUUUAUCAUUAGAGAAGGUGAUCGCAGUUAUUGUGGAGCAGCGGUCCUCUAUCUUUGUAGAUGUUGUUCAUAUUGCCAAUACACAAGAGGGAUUACAUACGCUUUUACAACACUGUGAUCUUACUCGUAGACUACAGUGUUCAUACCCUUUAAGAAAAAUACAUGGAAAUCCAUCCCUUUUCUUUCUUACUGUUGGUGAUAAUGAUGAUAAUAUUAAUGAAGAAGAAGAAGAAGAGGAUUAUGAUGAUGAUGAUGAUGAGAAAGAUGAAGAUAAUGAGAUUCAGUACAUUCAUAUGAAUUCCGGCUUCUCAGAUAUACCGUUGUUGGGAGUUGGACACGAUAUCAAUACACACAAUUCAGCAGAAGUAAAGGAUCACGUGGUAGUUUUUCCCUCUUGUGGAAAAGGUGCAUUGGAUAUAGUGCAAUCUCAACAGGGACGAUCAUUGGAAGUAAAUCGCCCUUCAAUGGAUAACACACUAGGAGGAAAGAAGAAAAGAAAAGAAGAAGAGGAAGAGGCGUACUCCCAUUACUAUGAAAGAUCUGGGAAGAAGUUUAUUAUUAAUAGUGAUAAUGAUAAUAAUAAUAGUAAUAACGACAACACGGAAUUUUCUCUCGUGAGGGAAGCAGAAGAGGAUAUACCAGUGUUACUACCAUCUCCUCCUAUUGUUGUGGGGUAUGAGAAACCUCAAAUAUCACCUGAUCCCAUAUAUAAUUCUCUAAAAAACAAAGAUAGUGUAGGCUCUAAUGAUAAAUUAACAUAUACUCCUUAUGGGAAGAAUAAUAGAAGUCUGUAUGAAGAUUCAUCUGCUCUCUCUUCCAUGAUUCGAGAGGCAAGAAGAUUUUCUAACGUGAGUAAAUAUGACUUAUUUCACUUUUCUUCUUCUUCUUCUUCUGAAGAGAAAGAAGAAGAAAAAGAAAAAGAAAAGGAGGAUCAACUUGUGUCUAUGGAAGAGAAUAAUAGAGAUAUUGAACGGCUGAACCGACUGCUUAGUUGUUGUAAACGUCAAAUACUAUUUCUACUACACUCACCAAAUGAAAAAGAACACUUUUUUGAUAUUACAUAUUCUCUGGAAAAACUACUCUUAAUGGAAGCCUUGCCGGAAUCACUCACUCGUCCACUUUAUACAUUACCUCUACCGCCAUUAAUCCCGUAUACGCAAGCGGAACAUGUGGCUCAAUGGGCACGAGAAGUUCACAAUCCACUGACAUUUUUUAGUAAUGAUUCCUCAUGGACAUUAGCACGCUUUCAGUGUAAGAAUGAUGUGUUGAUAUGUAUUGGAAAUAAUGCCUUUAUACAGCGGGUUCAAUAUAUUUUCUCUACAUCACCGCAUUCACAUUCUUCCUUAAUGGAAUGUGAAUCUGGGAAAAACGUCUCGUGUUUCUUUUACCCCUAUGGUAUAACUUGCCAUCGUAGAAUAGAUCACAUUAAUAAUAAUGAAGAAACCUGCUGGGGGAAUACGGCGAAGGUGCGUCAUUUAUUGCAAGAUGUUUUGUUAAUAUUAUUACAAUCCAUCUCUUCACUGUUUACACAUAUACCAUUAGAGAAUACUGCUCGGCUUCUGCAUAAUGUGGUGUACUGCCGUGUAGGUGAGUAUCGAUGGUUUGAGAUCCCACUCCCUAUGUUUGUGGAGGAUUUGGGAUAA